AUGUUUCAAUCUUCUGCUAAUUUAUUGUGUAAGCGAAAAUCGGAAGAUGAUUUGGGAACCGAACCGGUUCUGAAGAAACCUAAAGAAAAAUCGUUGCUGUCUGAUGAGAAGACUGCUACCUUGGAGACAGUGAAAGAGACCGAACCUAUUCGGGAACCAAAGAAGACACUCUUUGUUUCUCAUCUCCCUGCCUACACUAACAUAUCAGAUAUACUCUGUUUCUUCCAAAACGUUGGACAAGUAGUUCGUGUUCGUCUUGUUGUAGACAACAGGGGUGUUUUUACGGGCGAUGCCUUCGUUGAGUUUGCUUCUAACGACCAAGCAAACAAGGCACUGAAAGAAAAGAAGUGUGAUAAGUUUCAGAACUGGCGCAAUAUUGUUCUUGAUGUAGCUAAUAAGGAAGCUUCAUUCUUUCCACCCAAGUAUUGCAUAGAUCACAAAGUUUGGUACCUCGAAGACGAAGAAGACUACCUUCAACAAGUAGAAGAAGAUGAAAGCUGCCUUCAACAAGCAGAAGAAGAUGAAGACUACCUUCAACAAGAAAGCCUUCCCAUAGAAGAAGAUGAGAUACCUACCAAUGCUGAGGAAGCUUCUGUACUCUUCAUGGCCAAUCUCUCUCCACAAACAACUAAAAUAUCACAUAUCAUCAAGUUCUUCAAAUAUAUUGGUGGCGUUGUUAGUGUGCGACUUAUCGUAAACCACCAGCAUAAGCAUGUGGGUUAUGCCUUUGUUGAGUUUGUUUCUCCUGAACGAGCUAAUUUGGCGCUGAAAUAUAAGAAUGGUGAAUACUUGCACGAUCAUGAGAUUCUGUUGAUGAAAAGACUUGAGGACACUCCCCAUUUUGCUGAGACAGUUACCACUGUAAGAGAUAAGACGCUCUUUGUUGACUAUCUCUCUAAGCAAACUAAAGUAUCAGAUAUCAUCAAUUUCUUUAAAGAUGUUGGAGAGGUUGUUCAUGUUCGACUUAUGGUAGACCAAAGUACCGGUCUGAUGGGGUCUGGCUAUGUUGAGUUUGCCUCUGCUGCCGAAGCUGAGAAGGUGAUGGAGAAGAAGAACGGUGAAUAUUUAAACAAGCGCCAGGUUUACUUAGCUUUCGCUAAGGAUGCUCCAAAGCCUUCACGAGCCAAGUAUUGCAUAGAUCACAAGGUUUGGUUCGAAGACUAUCUUCAGCGAGAAAGUCUUGUGCUACAAGAAAAUGCAUCAGUGCAAGGACUUGAUGAAACUCCAGACUAUGUUGAGGAAGUUUCAUCGAGUAAGAAGACUAUCUUUGCCGAUUUCUCCCAGAAAAAAAACGUGCUUGUUAACAUACCAAAUAUCAUCAGUUUCUUCAAAGAUGUUGGAGAAGUUGCUAGUGUUAGACUUAUUGUAGACCGCUGGGGCAUAUGUGCGGACUGUUGCUGUGUUGAGUUUGCUACUCUUACCGAAGCAAAGAAGGUUAUGCGAAUUUACAAGCAUGUUAAAGGGAUUUAUGUCAAGAUGCCUGAGAUAGCUCCAUACCCUUUCCGACCCAAGUACAACCUUAACGACCUUGCAGAGAAGCUUUGGUGCGAAGACGAGCUUAGACGAGGAGGCUUUGGUUUGCCGAUCAGAUCAAAGCCGAAGGAAGAGGAGGCAAUCCCCUGCGCCGUUCAAAAGGUUACCUUCUGUGGUCAGAAGAUUACAUUCUCUGACGAACAGUAAUAGAAAGAAGAAAGAUGAAGCUUUGACAGGUUGUAGAUAAACUCCUCUGUUUUGAAUCUUUUGAUCCGGUCAUUACUAUAUAAUCA